UUAUUUUAUCGUUGUUUUUAGCGUUUAAAACAAUUAUAGUGUCUUUUGUGAUAUUAUAGAAAUUUUAUGGUUUCUUUUUUCACCCCAUAUUAUUCUUUGCAUCUCAUUUGUCAAGUACACUUAUACAAAUAUGAUGUUGGAAGAAGAUAUCUCGUUUGACGGUACAAAACGUGCAAAAUCUCCAUCACGUAAAACUUGGAUUAUUAUUGGUCUGUUGUUUGUAGUUACAUUCAUCAUUGCUUUUCUGAUUGGUUAUUACGCAAGAAAAGUUCCGUCUAGUAAUUGUCUUGCUGAAAAGACAAGUUUUGCACAAACAGAAGAAGAAAAGAAGGAAUUUUUCAAGAGUACUGUCAACAUUCUGGCUGCAAACGAGAUCAGGAAGAAUUUAAGAUAUUUUGCUGGGAAACCGCAUUCCUCUUCCACAAAAAGAAACAAUGAGCUGAUCAAAACUAUACAUCAAAGAUUUGAUUCUUAUGGUUUUCAAGCAGAAUAUCUCAAAUAUGACACUCUCCUGUCAUUUCCUGAUUUGAAAAACAGAAAUUACGUUUAUAUAAUUGAUGAAAGCAACCAAGAGGUGUUCAGAUCAAAAGGUAUUGAAGAUUUUCUGGUCCCAUCAGAAAAUGACACGACAUCCUUACCUCCGUUUAAUGCAUACGGUCCGAAUGGAACAGUAGAGGGUGAACUCUUGUAUGUGAAUUAUGGUCGAUAUGAAGAUUUUGAAGAACUUUCUAAAUAUGGUGUAAAUUGUUCUGGGAAAAUUGUGAUUGUAAGAUAUGGAAAAAUAUUUCGCGGUGAUAAGGUAAAAAAUGCUCAAGAUAGAGGCGCCAUUGGUAUUUUAAUAUACAGUGAUCCGUUUGAUUACUCUCCUGUUGAUGAUGAUCAAAUGUUUCCACGUGGAAGGUGGUUGCCACGUGAUGGAGUGCAGAGGGGAUCUAUCAUCAAGAGCUCAUAUAAGGAUAUUCCAGAAGGAGAUCCUCUUACCGGUGGUUAUCCUGCUAAAGACUGGGCAUAUCAUGCUGAUCCAGCAUCUUUAAAAGGUUUACCAAGGAUUCCUGCACAACCAAUAUCUGCAUAUGAUGCAUAUCAUCUGUUAAAGCGCAUGGGAGGAAUGAAAGUCGAUUCGAAGUGGACAGGCGCUUUGAACGUCACAUAUAACAUUGGACCGUAUAAAAAUCCAAAAGAAAAAGUCAAACUGGUUGUUCACAACAGACUAGAAGUGAAAACAAUCACCAACGUGUGUGGAACAAUCAAAGGGAAAGUUGAACCAGAUCGUUACAUUCUGGUUGGCAAUCAUAUUGAUGCCUGGGUAGCGGGUGGCGUGGAUCCUUCAAGUGGAACAGCUGUUAUGAUGGAAAUGGCCCGAGUGUUAGGAGAAAAAGUUAAAGAAGGAUGGAAACCGCGUCGAACUAUUAAGUUUUGUGGUUGGGAUGGCGAGGAAUACAACAUCAUUGGAUCUUGUGAAUACGUGGAAGAAUUUCAAAGUCAAUUAAGGGACAGGGCUUUGGCGUACAUUAAUUUGGAUAGCGCGGUUUCAGGAAAUGAAACAUAUUUGGCUGGUGCAAGUCCACUUCUCUAUGAAAUGAUGUACGAAGUAAUGAAGUUAGUUCCCGAUCCCCACAACAGUACUAUCACUGUAUUUGACAACACGCUUUCCGCAAGAAAAGAUCCUAACCACCCAGAUAAACCGAAAUUUGGAUUACUGGGAUCUGGUAGCGACUAUUUAGCAUUCUAUCAAUUCAUUGGUGUACCCUCCAUAGACAUGGGAUACGGACAAGCGAUUUUGAACAAAAAGAUGAAGACACAAGGUUAUCCGAUGUAUCAUUCACUUCAUGACACAGUUUACUGGAUGGAACAUUUCGUCGACAAGGAAUAUAAAUGUCAUCUUACUGUAGGACGUGUGGCUAUGUACUACUUGUUAUACAUGGCCGAUCUUACCUUAGUCCCCUACGACGCGAAAUAUUAUGGUGAGCAUUUAAAGAGAGGUGCGGAGAGUUUGACCACGCAGUUAAAAUCUAAAGGUGGUGAUGCAGCUGGCGUUAGUACAGAACACUUAAUCAGCGCAGCAAAUAACUUUUCGACUGCUGUUGAAACGUUCCAAAAAGAAUUCGCUUCCAUGAAUAAAGAUGAUGCACUUCAACUCCGUAUGAUAAAUGACAGAUUGGUGCAAGUUGAGAAAGGGUUUAUUUAUCCAUUAGGUCUUCCUGGCCGUCCCUCUAUCAAACAUUACGUGAUGGCUCCCUCACUUCACAACACAUACGGAUCUUCAACAUUUCCUGCGGUAGUUGAUCUUCUCUAUGAUAUAAAGAAAACUCAGAACUGGAACGAAGUGAAGAAGCAAUUGACUAUAACAGCGUAUCUUGUGCAAGCCGUUGCAGAAAGUUUGGCUUCUCCUGUGUAAUUUUUUUCUUUGUGUAAGAAAAUGUGGCUUUUUGUGUGAGAAAGAGACUUUAGGUUUUUCGCUUGAAGAGAAACAUCGCUUCUUUUAUAAAAGAAAUUAGUAAUUUUAUUUAUAUAUUUUUGGUGUAAUGAUUCAUACAAUCAUUUGGUGUUAUCA